AUGAAGACCUUCAUCACCCUCGCGGCUUUCGCUGCCGGUACCAACGCCCUCGUUGGCCGUGGUGAUAGCUGCUGCUUCCACCUCACUGCCUCUGGUGGUGCUUCUGGUUCCAUUGGCCAACUGAGCGACGGCCAGAACCGCAUUGGUGACGACAGCCUGUCUUCGGCUGACUACUGCAUCAACUCUAGCGGUGGUAUCACCGAUAGCAACGGCCGUGGUUGUAUCCUGACUUCCUCCACCACCCAGUGGCAGUGUGAUGAGGGCGCCUCGCCCACUACCGGCUUCUCUAUUGCCUCCAACGGCGAGCUGGAGUACAACGGCAGUGAUAAGUUCAUUGCCUGUGAGACUGGCCAGAACGGCGGCAUGAACAUCUACACCACCAACAGCACCUCUGUCACUCAGUGCAAGAACGUCAAGCUAACUGCUGAUUCCUGCUCUGGCUCCGGCGCUGGUACUUCUGGUUCUUCCUCCUCUGCCGUUUCCUCUGCUAUGAGCACGGCUACCCCGUCCCCUGCCCCUGCCUCCUCUUCUCCCGCGGCAUCUGCCCCCGCUGGUUCGGUGCCCGCUAGCUCGGCCCCUUCGGUCUCUGUCCCUGCUGCUAGCUCUGCUCAACCCAGUGGCCCUGCUAGCUCGGCUGAGUGCCUGGCCGGCUCGCCCGUGACUACCACUGUCACCGUGACUGCUUCAGACUGCGCCUGUGCUACUUCUGCUCCUGCUGCUGGCGGUUCCGGUGCCGCCGGUGGUGGAUCUGCUUCUAGCUCUGCUCCUGCCGGUGGUGCUGGUGGCUCCCCUGCCCCUACUUCAUCUGCUCCUGCUGGCAGCGUCCAGCCUUCCGGUCCCGCUGGUGAUGUCCACUCUACCUCGAGCGUUGCCCCUGCUCCUUCCGGCCCUGCUGGAGGCAUGCAAUCCUCCAGCAACACCGCUCAGCCCUCGACCAUGAGCAACGCCGCUCAGCCCUCGACCAUGAGCAACACCGCUCAGCCCUCGACCAUGAGCAACGCCGCUCAGCCCUCGACUAUGAGCAGCGUCGCCGCUACCUCAGCCUCGAGCACCGCCUCUUCCACCUCCUCCGCUGGUGGCCACUGCCCUACCACCUUGACCUCCGGCAACUACCAGUACCCUCAUCUGAUCAUCCCCGUUGACUCGUCCUCGCCUGACACUGCUGCCGGUACCUCUUACAACGGCACUGUGUCCUCGACCAUCUCGACCAUCUUCAACUUUGAUAUCCCCUCCUCCUACAGCGACAAGACUUGUAGCUUGGUCUUCCUCUUCCCCAAGAAGGCCGACCUCGAGACUUCCUCCUACAGCUUCAGCGGUGACGGCAAGAUUGACGUCUCCAAGCUGUCCUCCGUUGCCACUGAGUCCACCGACUACAGCAACGCUCCCUCGGUUGCUCAGGACUUGGGUGAUAUUACCAUCUCGCCCGGCAACUCCUACGUGCUCUCCACUUUCGCCUGCCCCUCCGGCGAGGCCAUUGCCUACGAGAUGAAGAACGCUGGUAGCACCAACCUCAACUUCUUCGAGGACUGGAACCCCUCUCCUCUUGGUCUGUUCAUCACCACCUGCUAA